GGGUAACGGGCUGGGGGCGCCACAGAGAGCGGCUGGCGCUGGUAGGCGAAGCUUGGGGGCGGAGAGGAGGUAGAGUGAGCCCUUAGCAGGAGGGACGAGGGCAGGGGUCUGUCUCCCCAGGACCACCCCAUCUCGUCUCCAUCAGGGCCUCCUCCCCCCACUUCGAUUCACCGGGUGCGGGGGAGGGGGCUAGAGCAGAGUUAGAGCAAGAAGAAUUUCCACCCCUGGAUUACCUCUGAAACCCUAGAUCGCCGAUUGUGGUAAGGAGCUCCGAAAAUCUAGGAGUUUUUGUGGGGCUUUUUAGCAAACCGGUAGAGCCCAGGAGCAAUGCCUUGGAAAGAAGCCCUGUUGCUUAGAGCGGAUAACCGAGAGCUGAACUCUUGGGGCUUUGCUGUGAGGGGUGCGGUCUGGCUUCGGAUGUGCAGGUUAUGGACUGUGCUGGGUACAGCUUUCUCCAGAUCCUAUUUUGAGAGAUUCCCCAUCUGGCGUUGUAUUUUACACCUAAGUGGAGAGAAGAGACCUCCCUUUAUUUGCAUACAGACUCUUUUUAAUUUCCUCGGGCUGUUAGUCACUAGGCAAUCUUGCAGAUUUUCUUUUUCUUUAUAAAUGUGGAUGCUUGUCCUGGUUUGUUUUAUCAGGCUUAUGGCAAAGGGCCAGUCACAUCCAGAAUAUUUGGUUUCUGUCGGUGAAGCAGUUCCCUGUUAAAAAUAUAGAUAUAGUCUGUCAGAAUGUGAGCAUGUUUUUUAAAAGGGCAUUCCAAAAAUAUUUGUAGUGUUUUUUUCCCCUUUGUAUUUUUAUAACACAUCUAUAAAGAAAACUCUAUAACGAAUUUCACAAAACAGCUUUUAAAGGUGACCAAGAUAUUCCAGGAUAUUUUAAAAGACAUUAAAAAAAUUAUUCCUCUGCAACAUUGUCUUUGUAAUAUUCAUUGUGUAUCAUGUAAAAUGAUACAAUGAAAUGCUGAUUAACUGGGAAAUCCGUGUUCUUGGUAGCAGAUGAAAUACAUUAUUCAGGGCCAUCUUGUGGAUUAAAUAAAUCCUCUCCGUCUUUUGUGUUCCCUUACAGUGGUGGAGCCACAGUGUUAAAGAACAGAGAAGUGAUCCUUAAUCAUUUAGAAUUUUGCCUCCACCAUCCACCAGAAAAUGAAGUGGAAAGAGAAGUUGGGGGAUGGUGUCUAUGAUACCUUCAUGGUAAUAGAUGAAACCAAAUGCCCACCCUGUUCAAAUGUACUCUGCAAUCCUUCUGAACCGCCUCCACCCAGAAGACUAAACAUGACCACUGAGCAGUUUACAAGAGAUCAUACUCAGCACUGUUUGGAUGGAGGUGAGAUGAAGGUAGAACAGCUGUUUCAAGAAUUUGGCAACAGAAAAUCCGAUACUCUUCAGUCAGAUGGCAUCAGUGACUCUGAAAAAUGCUCUCCUACAGUUUCUCAGGGUAAAAGUUCAGAUAGCUUGAAUACAGUAAAACCCAGCAGUUCAUCCAAGGCACCCAAAGUGGUGCCUCUGACUCCAGAACAAGCCCUGAAGCAAUAUAAACACCACCUCACUGCCUAUGAGAAGCUGGAAAUCACUAAUUAUCCGGAAAUUUACUUUGUAGGUCCAAAUGCCAAAAAAAGACAUGGAGUUAUUGGUGGUCCUAAUAAUGGGGGUUAUGACGAUGCAGAUGGGGCCUAUAUCCAUGUACCUCGAGACCAUCUAGCUUAUCGAUAUGAGGUAUUGAAGAUUAUUGGCAAGGGGAGCUUUGGGCAGGUGGCCCGUGUGUAUGAUCACAAACUCCGACAGUACGUGGCCCUAAAAAUGGUGCGCAGCGAGAAGCGCUUUCAUCGCCAAGCAGCCGAGGAGAUCCGGAUUUUGGAGCAUCUUAAAAAACAGGAUAAAACUGGUAGUAUGAACGUUAUCCACAUGCUGGAAAGUUUCACAUUCCGAAACCAUGUUUGCAUGGCCUUUGAACUGCUGAGCAUGGACCUUUAUGAGCUGAUUAAAAAAAACAAGUUUCAGGGUUUUAGCGUCCAGCUAGUACGCAAGUUUGCUCAGUCCAUCUUGCAGUCCUUGGAUGCCCUCCACAAAAAUAAAAUUAUUCACUGUGAUCUAAAGCCAGAAAACAUUCUCCUGAAACACCACGGGCGCAGUUCGACUAAGGUCAUUGACUUUGGGUCCAGCUGUUUUGAGUACCAGAAGCUUUACACAUAUAUCCAGUCUCGGUUCUACAGAGCUCCAGAAAUCAUCUUAGGAAGCCGCUACAGCACACCUAUUGACAUAUGGAGUUUUGGCUGCAUCCUUGCAGAACUUUUAACAGGACAGCCUCUCUUCCCUGGAGAGGAUGAAGGAGACCAGUUGGCCUGCAUGAUGGAGCUUCUAGGGAUGCCACCACCAAAACUUCUGGAGCAAUCCAAACGUGCCAAGUACUUUAUUAACUCCAAGGGUAUACCUCGCUACUGCUCCGUGACUACUCAGGCAGAUGGGAGGGUUGUGCUUGUGGGGGGUCGCUCGCGUAGAGGUAAAAAGCGGGGUCCCCCAGGCAGCAAAGACUGGGGGACAGCACUGAAAGGAUGUGAUGACUACUUGUUUAUAGAGUUUUUGAAAAGAUGUCUUCACUGGGACCCCUCUGCCCGCCUGACCCCAGCUCAAGCGUUAAGACACCCUUGGAUUAGCAAGUCUGUCCCCAGACCUCUCACCACCAUAGACAAGGUGUCAGGGAAACGUGUAGUUCAUCGUACAAGUGCUUUCCAGGGAUUGGGUUCUAAGCUGCCUCCAGUUGUUGGAAUAGCCAGUAAGCUUAAAACUAACCUAAUGUCAGAAACCAAUGGUAGUAUACCCCUAUGCAGUGUAUUGCCAAAACUGAUUAGCUAGCAGACAGAGAUAUACCCAGAGAUGCAUAUGUAUGUAUUUUUAUGAUCUUGCAAACCUGCAAAUGGAAAAAAAUGCAAGCCCAUUGGUGGAUAUGUUUUUGUUGGACUAGAUUUUUUUUUUUAACAAGACAAAACAUUUUUAUAUGACUAUAAAAGAAUCCUUCAAGGGCUAAUUACCUAACCAGCUUGUAUUGGCCAUCUGGAAUAUGCAUUAAAUGACUUUUUAUAGGUCAAUGCA